AUGGCCGACAAAGACAUCUCCCCCAGUCGUUCAUACGAUGACAAGAACGCAAGCUUCCCUCCCGAGAAGGGCGGUGCAGAGGUUCUAGAGCACGCUGGUCAAGGCCGCCGUGGUUCCACUGCUGUCAACAUUGUCCAGAAUCCUCUACAGAGCAAAACAAAAGAGCAAACUAUUGCCGACGCACGCCUCUUUGCCGAAUCGAAUGGCAUGUCCGAGCACGCCGACCUUUUCGGCAGAGCCGCUCUCAUUGCCCGUGAUCCCGAGAGCUUCGAAUCGGUCGACCUUCUCGAUGAUGAGCGAGCGGCUCUCAUCUACGAAAGGGACCACAAGUGGCACGGGUCAAAGAUGCUGUGGUACUCAAUUGGCCUCUGUGCUGUUGGUGCUGCGACGCAGGGUUGGGAUCAAACAGGUGCCAAUGGCGCCAACCUCUCAUUCCCCAAGGAGUUUGGCAUCGAUGGUACGGGACGCGAUGAGUGGAUUGUUGGUAUCAUCAACUCCAUCAUUUUCCUGACCGCUGGUCUGAUCGGUGCUUUUAUUGUCGAUCCCCUCAACCACUACUUUGGCCGACGUGGAGAGAUCUUUAUCACAGCCGCAUGUUUGACUGCUACUCCCAUUGCAUCUGGAUUUUCCAGAAACUGGCAAGAGCUCUUUGCCAUCCGUUUCAUUAUGGGAAUUGGUAUCGGUGCUAAGAAUGCUACUGUGCCUAUCUAUUCUGCAGAGAUGGCGCCUGCUCGAAUUCGAGGUGCCCUUGUUAUGUUCUGGCAACUUUGGGUUGUCAUCGGCAUCUUCCUUGGAUUCUGCGCCAAUGUCAUUGUCAAGGAUAUCGGCGACAUUGCUUGGCGACUGGAGCUUGGUUCAGCCUUUAUUCCUGCCUUUAUUCUCAUGAUCGGCAUUUACUUUUGCCCCGAAUCACCUCGUUGGCUGAUGAAGCAUGGCCGAAUUUCUGAAGGAUUCGUCUCCAUGUCCAAGCUUCGUGCCCAUCCCAUCCUCGGUGCUCGCGAUUACUACUACUCGUACGUUAUCUACCACGAGGAGCUUCGCGAGAACGCUGGUGCUGGUUACUUCCAACGUCUCUGGGAUUGUUUCGCUGUCCCCAGAAUUCGAAGAGCCAACUACGGUGCCAGUACUGUCAUGUUGGCUCAGCAGAUGUGCGGUAUCAAUAUUAUCUCUUUCUACAGCUCCACCAUCUUCAGAGAGGCCGACUUCAGCCAUGACCAAGCCCUCUACGCAUCCUUGGGCUACGGUGCUAUCCAGGUCGUCUUCACUAUCCCAACUCUCUUCUUGAUUGAUACCAAGGGACGAAGAUUCUUGACUCUGGCAACAUUCCCCUUCAUGUGCAUCUUCCUUCUGGCUGCUGGUCUUGCUCUUCUCAACAACACUGAUAACCAAGCUGCUAAGAUCGCACCUGUUGCCCUCUUUGUGUACCUUUUCACCAUCGCGUACUGUCUUGGAGAGGGACCCGUUGCCUUCCAGUAUUCAGCCGAGGUCUUCCCCACCAUCCAGCGUGAGCAGGGUAUGGCAUGGGCCGUCUGCAUCAACAACACCUUUGCUGGAAUUCUAGGACUGACUUUCCCCCGAAUGAGGACAGUCAUGACUCCUACCGGUGCCUUUGGAUUCUACGCCGGACUCAACCUCAUUGCUUGGGGUAUGAUCUUCUGUUUCGUCCGUGAGACUAAGCAGAUGACUCUUGAGGAAUUGGACCAAGUCUUCUCUGUGCCUACCAGCCAGUUCCUCUCCUACGAGACCAAGGUUUGGCUUCCCUACAUGUUCAAGAAGUACAUUCUUCAGAAGAAGAUUGAGCGACCUCCUCAAAUCAUUGAGAAGAGUGAGAAGACAUUCGCGUAA